UCUCUCUUACAUGGCUUUCUCUGCAACUCUCUCCGGCACCGUCUUCUUCAACCUCCACAAGAACCGCUUGCGCUCGAGUCCUCCUCCUCCUCAUCCGUCGCCGAUCUCGCCGGAGAAGCUCCGGCGGCCGCGCGGCGGUUCGGCUUCGUCGCGCCCGAGGAGCGGCCGGAUUCGGAGCCUCGGGGCAAUGGAGGCGGCGACCGCGGAGGUGGCGGCAAGCGGGCGAAAGCGGCGCCGGAUGGCGAAGGUGCCUCACGUCCUGACGGUGGCCGGCUCCGAUUCCGGGGCUGGCGCGGGGAUCCAGGCCGAUCUCAAGGCCUGCGCGGCGCGCGGGGUGUAUUGCUCCACCGUGAUCACUGCGGUCACCGCGCAGAAUACCGUCGGAGUUCAGGGCGUCGACAAUGUGCGGGAAGAAUUCGUGGCGGAGCAGCUGGAGUCCGUGCUUUCCGACAUGCAAGUUGACGUGGUCAAAACUGGAAUGCUUCCUUCACCAGGCAUAGUUAGGAUCCUUAGAAACAGUCUCAACAAGUUUCCAGUUAAAGCUUUAGUAGUUGAUCCCGUAAUGGUGUCCACCAGUGGAGAUGUUCUUGCCGGUCCUUCUGUUCUUGCCGUGUUUCGAGAAGAGCUUCUUCCUAUUGCCGAUAUAGUUACCCCAAAUUUGAAGGAGGCAUCUGCUUUACUUGGGGGUAGGCAACUGGAGACAAUUGCUGACAUGCAUUCUGCUGUGAAGUUAUUGCAUCAAAUGGGGCCAAGACACGUGCUUGUCAAAGGUGGCGACCUUCCUGGAUCUUCUGAUGCUGUUGAUGUUUUCUUUGAUGGUGAAAGAAUACAUGAGCUGCGUGCACCCCGUGUUAAAACUCGUAAUACUCAUGGUACAGGAUGUACUUUGGCAUCAUGCAUAGCAGCUGAGCUGGCAAAAGGUUCUUCUAUGCUUCCUGCUGUUCAGGUUGCCAAACGCUUUGUUGAGAACUCCUUGGACUACAGCAAAGAAAUAAGCAUUGGAAAAGGACCUCAAGGGCCUUUCGAUCAUUUUCUGAUGUUGAACCGAAAGGUUCAUAAUUUCAGGAAGAAGAUGGUCCUAGAUCCAAGUGAUCUGUUCUUAUAUGCUGUUACAGAUUCGGGGAUGAAUAGAAAGUGGGGCAGGUCUAUUGAAGAUGCUGUCAAAGCUGCAAUUGAGGGAGGUGCAACCAUUAUUCAGCUGAGGGAAAAGGAUGCGGAAACGAGGAACUUUCUUGAAGCAGCUAAAUCCUGCAUGGAAGUAUGCCGUUCCAGGGGCGUUCCUCUACUAAUAAAUGAUCGCACCGACAUUGCUCUGGCUUGUGAUGCUGAUGGGGUCCAUGUCGGUCAAUCCGAUAUGCCUGUUCGCACCGCACGCACCCUUCUUGGCCCAGAGAAGAUCAUUGGGGUAUCAUGCAAGACACCGGAGCAAGCCCAACAAGCGUAUAUGGAUGGUGCCAAUUAUAUCGGUUCUGGAGGCGUAUAUCCGACGAACACAAAGGAUAACAAUCUCACUAUUGGCUUGGAGGGGUUGAAAGCUGUUUGUUUGUCUUCUAAGCUGCCAGUCGUUGCAAUCGGGGGAAUCGGCAUAUCGAAUGCACAUGCCGUGAUGGAACUUGGGCUGCCAAAUCUAAAGGGAGUAGCGGUCGUGGCGGCCCUGUUUGACCGGGAAUGCAUCUCCACUGAGGCUAGAAAGCUUCACGAGGUGCUCUCAAGGGCAGCACCAGAGGUGAAAUAAAGAUGCAGGUGCAGUAUAUAUCCCCUGAUAAUGAAAGUUUUUCUCUAUUAAAUUGACUAGGGCUUUUGCCUUGAUACAUAUUCAAAGAAUUGUUGCGGAUUAGGCCUUGCUGUCCUUGUAAGAGGAUGAAAUGAGAAUGAUAAUGGUUUUGUGUAUCUACAUGCAUGAAUCGGUCGGUCAUUCUGGACGCAAUCUUAGUGCUAUUGUUGAUAAA